UGCCACCUUGCACCAACGUGGCAUGGGCUUGACGCCAAAGGAGGCCUGCGCGUCAACGGGGCCGCGCUACGGCUACUUGUCGCCAUGGAGCGAUCCACGCCUCGAAUUUCGCCAGCUCCGCGUCGUCAACGACGCCAAGACGCUCUUCCAUGCAGGCUGCCAUGCGUGCGAAACCACGAUGGCGUCCGCGCUCGAUGCGUCGAUGGGGCGUUUGCAGCUGCAUGUGCCGACGUCGAUCGGUGUCUUGCCUAACGUCUCGCUCCAGCUUCAGGUCCACAGCCACGCCCGUCUCGCCGACCUGCGGAUCAUUCAGUGCUUCUACUUUGGUCCGAACGAUGUCAUUGUGCUGGACAAUUCACUCGGCUGUGUCCCAGCGCACGUGACGCACCGCUGGGGCCUUCCAUGGCGCAGCGCCUUCUUCGAGCGUCCACUACAUCAGGCCGAGAGUGUCCCAAGCGACAUCUUUGUAUUUGAACGCGGCUCGCUCUUCCUGCACAUGCGGGUCGAUGUAUGGUUCUUUGACCAAGCCAGUGAGAGUACUCGGCUCUGCGACAGCAUCCGCGAUGGCUUUGCCCACCUCGUGCUCGAGAGCUUGCACCGCGGCGUCCUCUCGUGGCCUCAACCGCCGCCAGCGCUGCACGAGGCCGUCCGGAAGCGGUACCCGACUCUUCUCUCGCUCCUGCUCGAUCACAGUAUACCUGUCGACACCUACGAUGCGAAAGCCCGCACGGCGCUGCUUGUGGCUGUUGAAGACGACGCCGAGGCCAUGGCAGUGCUUCUGCUCCAGCGCGGCGCGGCGCCCAACAAGGAGACGGACGGUAGCUCGCCGCUCUUUCGAGCCAUUCAACUAGGUCGGCUCUCGAUGGUCGCGUGCAUGCUGCAGCACAAUCGACGCGCCGUCGUCGACGCGAUUGCGCCGGCCAAUGGCACCGACCCCGACAGCAGAAAUCUCUCGGGCCUCAUGUAUGCAUACCGGUGCAACCAACCAGAGAUCGCAGAAGAGCUUUUGCAGGCCGGCGCGAGCGUCCUUGGGCCGCCCACCGGCCACAGCAGCGUGCUCUACUACUGCGUCGCCUACCUUACGGAUGAAGACACGCAGCAUGCGCAUGUGAAGCGCCUCUUGGCGUUGGGCGCUGCCUGUGAGAUCUACAAAGCGAGCUUCGUCAAGCCGAGCGCGAUCGAACACGCGAUUCGAGUCCGUGCGUACACGACGGUCGCGCUGCUUGUGUCGUAUCCAGGCAUGGCAGAGGACCCGAUUGCUGUAUCGUAUCGGCCGACGCUGCACCGCCUUGCGAUCGAAUGCGACGACGACGGACGCAUGCUGCGCACGCUGCAUCUGGAAUACUACGAGAGCGACGAAGUCGACAACACGUCUGUCCGACACGUGCUGCACCUCAAGUGGCUCCGGCAAAACGUCGAGAGGCUGGCGCUCGAGGAACAGCACCACGAGUACCCGUAAUAAUACCAACCCCGGUUGCAACCCAC